CAGAAAAGCUGUCUGAUAAGAAGUUCUUCAUUCGCUGUUUCUAUGUAGUUCAUUCAACGAGGGCAAUGACCGGUUCUGUCAAACGUGUGAGACACUGUGACGGACUAUUAUUUAGAAUUUUAUAUUGUAAUGUAAAGUAUUUAUUUAGUUAUAAAUAAAAUUAAAAUUGUAAAUAAUAUUGUAAGUUGUAUAUAAAAUGAAGGCAGAACAAAUGGAAGAUGCUGAAACUCAGAAUCAAGUCGCCGGCGAUGUCAUUGGCGACACCGCAUACAGCGAGCGUUUUGUUCUAAAAAUUUUACUUAAACUCGCUAAUUUGGAUACUCUAAAAGAAGAUAUAAAGGAAAAAUCAUUUGAAGAUGAUAUCUGCAUACUGUGGGACAUGACUACAGAGAAGGACGUUGUGUUAUUUCUGCAGAAACACGAAGUUUUGAAACUUAUCAAUUUCGCUCUACCCGUUAUUGAAACCUCAAGAAUUGUUGAAAUUUUUAUCGGUAUUAUUGGAAAUAUGUGCUGCCAGAAGGAAGUUGUGAAUGUUUUGAUGAAGAUGGACGAUUUGUUAGCUAUUCUAAUGUGUUAUAUAAAUACAGACGACAGUUUAGUGUUAGUUCAGUUGCUUAGGUUAGUGAGCAGUUGUUUGUUUUUAGCGAACGACGAGGAGAUCGAGACUUGGAUGAAUUUGUUCGCAACUGUCGAGUAUUCUUCCGCUUUAUACUUUAUUCUAAAGAAUUCAUCACACAAAGACUUAUUGGUCACAGCCUUAGAAAAUUUAAACACCUUGUGUUCAUAUUGUAAUACUGAAAAGUUUCGCACAAAAUUCUAUUCACACUUUGUAGUAGAAGAGGCCUUAGACUGUCUGACAGCAGCCUUCACUGAAAUUACAGUGAAUAGGAAAGCAACAUGCUCUAAGAGCAAGUUGGAAAGAGUUCAAAUUGUAAGUCUCCAGAUAGUACUGAACUUUGUUGGGUUUGAAAACUCAUUAGAAAUGUAUGAGAGUAGUAAAGACAAUGUUACAACACUUAUAAAUAUAAUACUCAGAUAUUACGAAGAGAAAUUGAUAGUUAACAAAGAAAUUGAUUCAGAUUUAAUUGAUAUUUUAGUGUCAACAAACACAAUUGUAGAUGCAUUAAAAAUAACUGGGUCACCUGAGAAUUACUUUGAGCCAACUUACAAUAUGUGGAAUGCAACAUCAUCUAUCAUGAAGACUGAUAAGGAUGGCUCAUCUUUUGAGGAAAAUGACAAGGAGGAGUUAAAAGAUUUCAUAGCAAAAGUGAGGAAUCCUUUGGCAAUGUUAAUGUGUUAUUAUUUAGCGAAUAUCACUGAAGAUAAUUUCUAUAAAGUGUUUGAAGUUGUUGAGACUAUUUAUGAAGAGGUUGCAAGUUGGGUGAAUGACGAACCUCUAGAAACUAACAUGUCUCAAAGAGUAACCAAUUAUAGAACUCGUCCAAAGGACUAGUGUUGAUAAUGUAAUAAAAUUGUUUUUUAUUUGAUAA